AUGCACGCGCUGCCCAGGGACUCGUUCCCCGGACUUGUAGAACAAGCCCUCCUCGGUGACUCGCCAAUCAACGCUCGCUACAAACACCCCCCUCUCUCGUUCGUCCCUCCGACUGGCAAUCUGCUCCAGGAUUGUUUUGCAGAGCGAGCGAGGUCCGACCCCCUCGCCACAGCAAUAGCUCACGUGGAGCUUGAAGGCUACGUCUCACCCUCCUGCAAUGUCUCCUACGCGGCCGUUGUCGCGUUGUCUCUUGAGCUAGCGGAGAAGCUGGGAUCUGUCGACGUUGGGGUCGGUGACGUUGUAGCUAUCUGCGUUGAGGAUGUUCGACACGUAGCCAUUUCCACUCUGGCUGUCCUUGUCUGUGGCGCUGCAUAUGUAAUUUUAGAUCCCGGCAGCACUUACAACACAGCACUUUCUUCCCUGUCGGCGGUGCUACCGGGUCUCCACGUAGUCCUGUCAGCACCCCGUGGUUGUGGCCCCAGUGCUGAACCUGGGUCUCACCUCGUUUUCGUGGAUCCGGGCGAACUUACGCUCGACGAGGCCUCGGUAUACUGCUGCUCAAAAUCGUGCAUUCCGCCAUCACUUCGUCCGGACUGUAUACAGCCUUCCGCUACUGCGUAUUUGAAACCUGCGUUGACUUAG